AUGAGCUCCUCAGACCCCUGCGCAGCAUGCAGCUGGACCACCGAACGCCAAAAGUACUGCAGCUACAAAAGCCACGUCAAACUAUUCUACGAAGCAGGCGGCCGCGGCGUCUGGUCCCUGGGCUCAAACCUGAUUUUAAAAGAUCGAGGUUCUCGUCGUCCGACCUUUGAAGUAGCGAAUGCCCAGUUCGUGCAGCAAGAGACUUCCAUCCCAGUUCCCUCAGUCGUUGAGUCGUGGGAGGAAGACGACCACACACUUAUUCUGAUGAGGCGCGUCCCUGGCGAACCUCUUAGCAAGGCUUGGUCGAAGCUUACUACAGUGGAGAAAGAGGAUAUAGCAAGGCAGACGGCUGAGUUUCUGCUACAGCUGAGAGAGCUCCAGUCAGAUAAGAUACAAGCUCUCGGUGGCGGGCCAGUCUACUCCAAUUUCCUCUUCUAUAAUAGGCAGUCGGAUCUUCCUCAAGGUCCUCUGCCGUCUGAUGAUGCGCUCUGGGAGGCCAUGGAGAAGGGCUUGCAUGAAUCUGUACCACCGGAUGCUCGCACGCGACUUCGAGAACGUAUGCCGCCUGGUGCGCCUUAUACCUUUACGCAUGGCGACCUCACGAACGUCAAUAUUAUUGUUGAAAGCGGCUGUCUUGUUGGGAUUAUUGAUUGGGAGGCGUCUGGAUACUUUCCCGUGUGGUGGGAGUAUGUCUGUACCUCUGUUCCUGACAGUGAGGAGGACAGGGAGUGGAAGGCUUUGUUACGAAAGUAUAUGCCUGACCAUAGUGCUGCUCGUGAAUUCUGGCUGGAUUACUGGUAUCUGUGCCGGGAUUCAAAGCAUGAGAGAGCGAUGAAAUUUCUCCAGGGAACGGGAAGUGACGCCUUGUAG